AUGCAGACCUCCUUCCUCUUGAUGGCGCUGUCCCUGUCCCUGCCAGGGGGCACCCAGGCCUUCAAACCCCUCAUCUCAGGAGGUGGCUCUGUUACACACCGUGACAUCACACAGAGGGCUGUCUUACGCAAAACCGCCGAGGUCUGUCGCGCCCUGGCCGUCGCCCAGGGGCGGGACUUCCAGCCUGCCGGUGAGUUGGCUAUUGGUGAAAGUUGUGACAGACAGAUUGAUGACAGUCUGUCCAUCUUCAAACUACAGAAGGCCUGCUCUGCAGACUCCUCUUCCUCCCUCGUCUCCACCAUCCACUUCCAGAGCACCAUUGUCAAGAUGUACCUUAGUAAUGCCCUGGUGGACAUGGCGUUUGCCCUGAGCAAGGCGCACCACUUCGACGGUGAGACCUUCCAGGGGGGGCGGGCCCUGAUCACGGCGGGGGUGUCGGAGGUCAAGGCCAGCGUCAAACGAGAGAGCUUCCUGUUGGCCAGGCUGGCGCUGGGACGGGUCUGUCACACACUACAGGAUUUCUACAGCCACAGUAACUGGGUUGAGAUGGGGAACAGACAGCCUUACAGCACUCUGAUCAGACCUGACCUGCAACUGGUGAACCUGGCAGGACCCAGCACUCCGACCUGUAGGAACUGUAUAGGAGGUAACUGUACUGAUAACAUCCUACCAGAGGUCUUACAGCAGGGCCUGCUCACCUCUGGAUACUUCAACCUGUUCUCCUCCAACAAACCUGCAGGUAAGUGUAGCCACGGCGGGUUUUUUGACCGGACCAGCGGUCGGGAUCCGGUAGGGGGCAUCAAUAAGGACGACGUGGGGUCCAGUCACGGUCACCUCCACCACACCGCAGCCGAUGUGGCGGUCAACGCUACCAUGGAACUACUGGAGGACAUCAGAGGAGCUGCCGGGGACAAGGACUUCCUACGGUUAAUUGGCAUCACCCAGUCAUCAGUGUUGUGUUUUGUCAUCGACACCACAGGAAGUAUGAGUGAUGACAUCACUGAGGCUAAGAGAGUGUCCUUCUCCAUCAUCGACAGUAAGAGAGGAACCCAGCAGGAACCUUCAUCAUACAUCCUGGUCCCCUUCAACGACCCAGGUGGGUGUUAG